AUGCUUCAAUUCCGAGAAGAGGCGACUCCCACACCUACCACUAGCACGCCGUCCACUCUAGGAAUCGUCUACUUUACCUCCACUGAGGUUAUCACCAUCAACGGUGGUGUUACAAACAACCACGUCACAAUCGCUCCGCAGACGAUACAAAUUGCUAUUCCAACCUGCCUUCAGACAAUUACACCCGACAAGAAUGGAUAUGUUCCUCCUGGAACUUGCAAUGCUCUGUGGGACUACUAUCCCAGUUUUGGUGCAGCCCUAGUCUUUGCCAUUUUGUUCGGUAUCCUGAUUUUGGUCCACAUCUGGCAAGCAGUGGCAUACAAGAAGAAGUUUUGCUGGGUGAUAAUCAUGGCUGCCUUCUGGGAGACGAUUGCAUUCACUUUUCGAGCGUUAAGCACCCGCCGCCAGCAAAAUGUCGCCAUUUAUCUCGUCUUUCAGAUUUUCAUUCUUCUCGCCCCAUUGUGGGUCAACGCUUUUGACUAUAUGGUUUUAGGCCGGUUAAUCCAUUUCUUCGCCCCGGGUCAUACACUCUUCUCUAUACCUGCAUCUACCUUGGCGGCCGGGUUUGUAUCGCUGGAUUUCGUCUCGUUCGUCAUCCAGCUUGUUGGGGGCAGCUGGGCGGGUCCCACGGCUUCUAAAGCGCGACAGAUGCAGGGAAUUCACGUUUAUAUGGGGGGUAUCGGUCUGCAGCAGUUCUUCAUUCUUGUUUUUGUCGGACUGGCCAUUAAGUUCCAGCGGGAAGUGACAAAGACUGAAAAGCACCAAAUACCGGCUGCGACGUCAGCGAAAGAGUGGAGGCCCCUUUUGUAUGCCUUGUAUGCCACACUGGGGUUGAUCACGGUCCGCAUCAUGUUUCGACUGGUCCAAUUUUCCUCGGGAAGCACAUCAUCCAACCCCUUGGUAUCCUCCGAAGCCUGUUUCUACCUCCUUGAGGCUGUUCCGAUGCUGCUCGCGCUUCUUUGUUUCAACAUCAAACAUCCUGGGACCGUUCUAGUGGGCCCGGAAUCUGAAUUGCCUGGAUUUAUGGCAACUGUCAAAACAACGUGGCUCAAAAAGAAGACAGUCAGGUCCGUUGGACAGACUUUACAGGGGGGCGAGUUCCAUGAGUUGCCCACCAGAACACACUACCCAUCGACCCUGACCGCCUCGGGACGAUAUGAGAGAUUGAAUUAA